AUGGAUGAAGAUGAUGUGGGACCAGUUGUUGACAACUUUGACCCUUGGAAAGACCCUAUGUGGGAGACUGACAAUGAAGCUGAAGAUUACUUUGCAAAAUUGUACAAAAAUGAUAAACAACAUUUGAGAGAUGUUGUGAGGGAUUACUGCAUACAAAGUGGGUUUUCUGUAGUUGUGCUCAAGGCAUCUAAUUUGAGGCUUCCUGAUGGUGUCACAUGGGCAAUCAAGUCCAUUCAGAAUAUGGAGCACACUUGUUCUGGUUUAGAGGUGAAGAAUCCUAUGGUGUCUACCAAGUGGGCUGCAAGAGUGUUGCUUGAGGAUAUAAGAGCCAACAAUGAUAUCCCUGCCAAAUCAUUGAACCAGUUACUCUGGAUGAGGUCAAAGGCUCAAAGGGACUUAAAUGGGGGUCAUAAAAUCUCAUAUGCCCAGCUUCCUGACUACUGUGAAAUGGUGAGAUCAACUAACCCAGGUUCUUCUGCAUUCUGUGCUUGGACACCUGAAGAUCAUAUUGACAGGCCUUUGCAGUUCUACAGUAUCUUUCUAUCAUUCAAAGGUUGUAUAGAUGGGUUGCUAGUUGGCUGUAGGAGCUUCAUAGGUGUGGAUGGGGCUCACUUAAAGGGGAAUUAUGGUGGUGUCCUGUUGUCUGCAGUAGCACUGGAUGCAAACAAUGAGCUAUUCCCCUUUGCUUGGACAAUUGUAUCAUUUGAGGACACAGAUAAUUGGAAGUUCUUUGUAUGGCAUUUGAAGAACUUGCUGAAAGACAGUGGGAGAGGCUGGAAGAAGAUAUUGCUGCAAGCAUCUGGAAAGAAUUGGAAGAAACCAUUCCCUGGUCCUUUGAUGUUUAGCCUGUUCUGGAGGGCUUGUGGGACCUAUUCUGAGUUCACAUUCAAGAAAGCCAUGCAACAGCUGCAGAAGGUCAAUCCAGCUGCUUUGAUAUGGUUGUCUAAAGUUGGGGACCAAUCAACAUGGACCAAGCACAAAUUCAAUGAGGCUGUCAAAUGUGAUGUAAACAAAAGCAACUUUGUGGAAAGCUUUAAUGCCACAUUGGGUAUGGACAGAGCAAGACCUGUUCUGACUUUGUUAGAAGGAAUUAGGAGAACAACAAUGGUCAGGAUGUGCACUAGGAAGCAAGCUUCUGCAGACUAG